AUGGCCGCCGACGCGGCUGCUGACGAGCAACUUGCCCUACGAGAGAUGGCUUCCAUCGGCGGCCCGAGCCCAGUGGAACUGAAGGAUACCUUGAUUCAGACCCUUCCUUCCUUAAAGGUGUUGGCCAAAGACCGUGCGCAUGCAGCGCAACGGUUGCUGUCAAGGCCAUGGAAGGCCGAUCCUUUUCUGAAGGACAUUAUUCUGCAACUGGUUGAGAAGCAGCACAGCGUGGCUCGGUUGAUUGUGAAUAGCCAACAGAUCAAAGAACUCUACAAUGACUUCAGGUCAAAAUCGAAAGAACCUGUGAAGAUCAGCAAAGCUGUCAAAGACUUGGCAUGGGCACCACAGCGAUACUCUAGUGAGGCAAAGGUCUUGGCCAGACUUGUCCUCACGUGGGAUUCUGUGCUUGGCGUUUUGACAGCAGUUCCCACCAUUCGGGGACCAAGGUCUCCUGAGGGGCAGGCUUGCCUGGAAACUCUUCGUUUCUUGGACCCUGAGAAAGUGCUUCAGUUGGGGAUGCUAGCAGACAGCGCACUUGAAUUGCACCGUGUCGUUAGAUCCUUCGAUGCAGAUGACUUUGACGAAGCCGAGCUGCCUCAGGAGCUGGACCUCUACAGGUCCAUCUUGGAAAGACUCUUCAUCGAUGGUUUGUGCCUUCAGGUUCCCGGAAUGACUAAAUUGAUGAUGGGCUACUUGGAGAAGCCGCGGAACCUGCUUGUCGCAGAUGUGGCGAAAACUUUGGGGGGGGACUGA